AACGCCUCUCGUGAAGAUCAAUUCGAAUUCGGUCCCUUUAAACUACUUGCUUUGAUUAAACAUUUAAUUAAGAAUUUAGUGAAGUUUUUAAACCAAAAUGAUUGAAAAUGCUACAUAAAUAUUUGAGUUUACCCAUUGUGCUAUUUUUGUGCCUUCAAAUCGUAUCCAUAAAGGGAUCACACGAUGAUCUGGAACAACGUGCUAGAAUUUCAAGAAAAACAAAUGAAAACUUGGUGAUCGAAGCUGCUAGAGAUCAGAAUAUAACCCUCCGGUUGAUGGGAGAUGCAUCCUCGUUGAUGAUCAACGAUGUGAAUAUGGUAGCAGUGCUCCGGCGGCGCAAGUCGAUCCUGGCCAGUCGACAGGCGGUUGCUCGGAGAGAGCCCCUUUCCGUAGACGUGGUCCGAGAUCAGUUCCGCGAUGUGGAGCGAAAAAUGACGAGGGUACAGAAUAGAGUCUUCAACUCCAGGAACACCACUCUACGCAGUAGUUACAGCCAGCGGAACCUGCGUCGUCAGUUGCGGAGAGUGGAGAGAUUAAGGUCCACCUUGCUGACUCUGGUCUAUAAUCUAGCCCAGGACGAGUGCCAGGGGAGUCCGUGCAAGAAUGGAGGGACCUGCUAUGAUGCCUACAAGGCAUUCCAGUGCGUAUGUGCCUCCGGAUGGCAAGGUCCUACUUGCGAGGAUGAUGUGAACGAGUGCUCCGAGUUUGCAGGAACGGAUCUAGCCGGCUGCCUCAAUAAUGGGCAGUGCAUCAAUACACCUGGAAGCUAUAGCUGUGUCUGCCGGAACGGCUUCUCCGGCACCCACUGUCGAGUACGUCGGAACUCCUGUUUGGGCAUUGGAGCCUCGGAGUUGUGCGGAGAGCACGGAACCUGCAUCCAGACCGGCAACGCCGCUGGUUAUGUUUGCGUCUGUAAUCAGGGAUGGACGUGGGCCGAUGCAAAUGCCACGGCGGCUACGGCGAGUCCCUGCUCCAGAGACGUGGACGAGUGUGAGCCUCGAGUGAAUCCCUGCCACAGCGAGUGCAUUAAUCUUCCCGGCAGUUUUCGUUGCGGUCCCUGUCCACCUGGUUACACCGGCGAUGGACGCAUCUGCAGGGAUGUGGACGAGUGUGCGGGUGAAGACAAUGGAGGAUGCAGUCUCCAGCCCCGGGUGAGGUGCUUCAAUACGGAGGGCUCACACAUCUGCGGCCGCUGUCCGCCGGGAUGGAUCGGGGACGGUCGCAACUGCACGGCAGCCAAUUCGAAUUCCUGCGACCACGAGAAGAUCUGCCAUCCGCAGGCCAAGUGCGAGUACAUCUCCGGGACGAUGGUGUGCACCUGUCCGGUGGGCAGCUAUGGGCAUGGCUAUGGAGCUGAUGGAUGCACCAGGGAUCCCAACCGGAAGCCCUGUGACGAGCACCCCUGCUUGAACAAUGGAACCUGCGUGGAGAAUGGCAGGGGAACUACUUGCAUCUGCCAGCCUGGGUACAUGGGCGCCUUAUGCAACUCCUCGGACGCCUGCCACCCGAGUCCUUGCCUCAACGGAGGCUCCUGUCGACUGCUACCGGGCAACACCUACCAGUGCUACUGUCCAGCUGGCUUCACUGGAACGCUAUGCGCCCACCGGCGAAUCUUUUGUGGGGCCACUCUCCGCGGGCCAUCCGGGGUACUCAAUUUUCCACCCAAUGCGGAGAACGGCACUUAUGAGGCGGACGAGCGAUGUCCCUUAAUUAUUCGCACCAGUCCCGGCUUGGUACUCAACCUGACCUUCACCCAGUUUGAUUUGCAGAAGAGUCCGGACUGUUCUGCAGAUUUCCUUCAAGUGCACGAUGGCAGUUCCUUGGCCACACGGAUGAUGGGUCGAUUCUGUGGCUCUGAACUGCCACUGAACCACGGAACGGUCAUCACCUCCCAGGAGCAGGCCUUCCUAUGGUUCCGAUCCGACAACCAGACUCAAGGCAGGGGAUUUCGUCUGGUAUGGAAGUCGUUGCCCUUCUCCUGCGGGGAGACCUUUGAUAACCUGACCCUCGGACAGAGCGGAGUGCUAAGGUCCCCAGGCUAUCCUGGUAAGGCUAGCCCGGCAAUAGACUGUCGGUGGGAUUUGACGGCGCCCUAUGGCACCCGGCUGCUCCUUCGAUUUUACGGCAUUGACCUAGGCAGCAGUGCUUCGGGAGCGGAGAACUGCACCGAGGAUUAUGUGAUGAUCUACGAUUCGGAUCGCAAACUAUUCCAGGCCUGUCGAUCUGCCCAACCAGCGCCCCUACAUAGUUCCUCGAACCGCCUUGUCUUAAAAUUUCAUACGGACUCUCACGGCUUGGACAGUUCGUUCCAACUGCACUACGAGGUGGUGCCCGGUGAGCCAGGAUGCGGGGGCGUCUUUACGGAUCCUAGCGGACACAUUAGUGGCCACAUGAACGCCGAGGUCUGUCUCUACCUUAUCGAACAGCCAAAGGAGACGCAGGUGAAGCUGGUCUUCGACCAGGUCAACCUUCUGAAUUCCGAGGAUUGUUCGCUGCAGAAAAUAGAGAUCUAUGAUGGACGCAGCCCAGAGUCGCGCCUUAUGCGACGAUUGUGUGGACAACCAGAGGCCAGUGAGAUGGAGCCACUAACCUCCAGCAGUAAUGUGAUCCUGGUGCGGUACGAGUACGCUUUAACUGGAAUACGUCUGAAGAAGAGUUUCGAAUUAAGCUACAGCCGAGUCUGCAGCGGUAGCUUCAGUGGUUUGUCGGGGAUUAUCACCACUCCAAACUAUCCCAAUUCCUAUCCGAACGACAUGACCUGUACAUAUAACAUAACUCUGCGACCCGGUUGGGUGGCAGAUAUCAACAUUACGGAUCUUUCCUUCGGAACAUCGGAUAACGAAAGGCAGGAAUAUUAUCUGGACAUGUACCUGGCACGUGGUGAAGAGCCGCAGCGUUUUGUAAAAUCGGCUAUGAACCUUCAUAUGGUGUCCCAGAGCAAUGUCCUUAGCUUAGUCUUCCACGGAUCUCACAAUGGACGUGGACUUCGACUAGAGUACCGCGAUAUUCGCUCUUCAGUAUGUGGUGGCACUAUUACGAAGCCCAUGGGACAUCAUAUGAUGGGCCUCCGUCGGUACUGCCAGUAUAUUUAUGAGACUCCAGGAAGGAAGAAGUUGGCUCUCACAACUUUGGUAGGUGAAGUGUAUUCAUAUGUUUAUGACAAUAGCACCACUCCUGGAACCCUACUAAACAGCUAUAAAGGAAGCUUUGAUGAGAAUUUUGAUGGAGAUGUGAUUACAUUAAUCCUGAAACCAGUUAAUCACUACGAACUUGUGAUGUUGACUUAUCAAUUGGUUAAAGAUGCGGAAUGUGGCUCGACAUAUACUUCUCGCUUUGGAUACAUCAAGUCCCCGAACUGGCCAAAGCCCUAUGGCGCUAACACGGACUGCAGUUGGCACAUUCAAGCUCCAAUUGGCCACCAAAUAGAGCUAAUUGUGAAGAACUUUACACUGGAGAAUAUGUUUGAUUGCUUUUCUGACUGGCUGGAGAUAAGAAACGGGCAUGGGGAGGACUCGCCGCUGAUAGGAAAAUACUGCGAUUCCAUCCCAUCUCGGAUCGUAUCGUUCAGUCACGACCUGUUCCUAAAGUUUCAUUCGGACAACUCCAAUGAGGAGUCGGGAUUUCUUGUGCAGUGGCAGCAGACCGGGGCAGGUUGUGGCGGUAUGCUAACCUCUGUAACCGGCUCCAUACACUCCCCAUAUAUGCAUUUUGCGAAAAGUGCCAUUGCCUGCGAUUGGCAAAUUGUCGUGGCCGAAGGGUCGCGGGUUAGCCUGAACCUAACAAGCUAUACCCAGUCAAUCUGCGACAGAUAUCUGGUGAUCUAUGAUGGACCUACCACCUCGAGUCCUGCCCUAAAUAUGGUUUGCAAUGGCACUACAGCCCCGGGACUGAUUUCCACCGGUAAUCGGGUCCUGGUUCGAUACGAUGUGAGUGCCGAUGCAGAUAUGAAUUUUGUGCUGGACUAUAAAACCGAAUGUCGAGUUCGUCUGGACGGUUUAGAGGGCGCCAUUCAAUCACCAAACUUCCCGGAUCCGUAUCCGCCAAAUUUAAACUGCGAAUGGGACAUACGAGCCGGCGGACGCUCCAAUCACCUGCAACUCGUCCUUUCACAUCUCUCAAUCGAGCCAUACGUCGAUGUUACGGAGUGCGACAAUGAUUAUCUGAAGGUGAUCGAUAUGCAAGACAACGAAGUGAUAAGCGAACAUCAUCUGUGCACGGCGGAGUCCAUGCCCUCCUAUACUAGUGUUGGGAAUCGGCUGCUCCUGCAAUUCGCAUCCGACAAUUCUGUGGAGGAUCAGGGCUUCCGGGCGGAGUAUCGUCGCGUGGGAUGCGGCGAACAUUUCCGUGAGUUGGGUGGCCGCUUUGAAUCACCGAAACUACCAUUUAGCGUAGACAUGGAGUGCGAUUGGAUCAUCACGGCACCCGAGGGCAAGCAAAUAAUGCUCCUGCUCCACGAAGUUCACUUCGAGCCAUCCCAGAGUCCUUGCGGCGAUACGGAUGUGAUCAAAGUAACCGCUCCAGCUGGCUUCAACAAAUCGGUAGCUCUGUAUGUUGGUUGCCACGAGGAGACCCAGACUCAGUACUUCAGAUCGCCGGGCCAUGAGCUGAGGGUUCAUUUUGUUGGUGGCUCCACUCCGGCCAGAAAGUAUUUCAAAGCCAGUUACGUUCAGGUGCCGCCCAAAUGUGGUGGCUCCAUAACAGCUAGCAAUGGUAUCAUAACCACUCCCGGCUUCCACGACAUCCCGGACAGUAGCAACUUGGCGAACUUCACGACAAGUGUGGAGUGUAUUUGGAUUGUUCAGGUCACCGAUAGCUACGGAAUCCGAUUGUGGUUUGAGCAGCUGAAUCUCACAGAUUCCGCCAACUGCUCCGCCAGUGUCGUAGAGCUCACCAAGCUGGAGGCGGACGGCACGGAGCAGUUCCUGGAGAAGGCUUGCGGAGAGGAGGCGCCUCGCAUUAGCGUUGUCCACGGACAGAAGCUGCAGGUCCGAUUCAAGGCACAAGCCGGGUCCUGGGGCCGAUUCGCGAUGCACUUCCAGAGCCAGUGCGGGGGACCAUUGAAGAAUGGCCAGGGCUACUUGCGAUCCAGGAUGGACGAGGCGUGCGAUUGGCGGUUUAGUUCGCCGGAGGGCACUAAAAUGUACCUUCACAUUAACAACCUGGAGUGCCCAAAAUCCCCAUCGUCCGUAAACAGCUCAGUCGGCCUACAAAUCCUCAACGAUGACGACGAGGUUCUGCUCUUCCAGCUGUGCGAAAACCAUCCGGCCAAUCUGGUGGUGCCUGCCAACAAUGUGCGCAUCCUAAGCAAGGGAAUCCGGCUCCAGGCGGAGUACAGUAGCCUGGAGAAUACCUGUGGAGGCAAUAUCACUCUGCCGCGUAGCAGUCUCAGUUCUCCCAACUAUCCGGACAGCUAUCCGCCCAACGUGGAAUGCAUCUGGGCAAUUGAAACCAAACCGGGUAACGCAUUGGAGGUUACCUUCGAGUCUCUGGACAUUGUCCGCUCGGAACAUUGCAACGAGGACUUCUUGGAGCUGAGAAACGGCUUGCCGGGACAGCUCCUGGGGGUGUACUGUGACAAUAAAAUGCCGACAAGAUCCUUGAUUGUGAAUUCGCCAUUGUGGAUCAAGUUCCGUAGCGCUCCCGGCCAUUCGGCUGGAGGUUUCCGGCUUCGCUGGAACUAUGUCCACAAUAUGGAGGUAACAUCGGGAGCAAAUGGAAUCAUAGAGUCACCGCCUCCGAUUUUCGUUCGCGGCGAGGAAGAACCAUACACUUGGAGGAUUUAUGUGAAUCGGGAUAUGGUUUUGGUUUUGGACUUUGAGGAAUAUGUGUCAGGAUUGAUGCUCUUUGAUGGAUACGACGAGAGUGGCUUGGAGGUGAAACUACAAGCCAGUCCCUUGAGAUUCACUUCCAGCAGCAAUGUGAUCUGCCUGAAGACCAAGAACGCGGAGCUGAACAGAUUUCGGAUUAAAUGGCACGCACUCUCCGGCGAGGUGGCCGAAGGUAACAUCACCUCUCAAACCUCCAGCGAGUGCACCAGAAAGUACUCCGUUCAUUCUUCCUCCGUGUGGCUAGAGUCGCCUGGAUAUCCGAUCGGAUAUCGUCCCAACUUGAACUGUGAGUGGACCUUCAAGCCAAUGGAUCCCACGCGCCACAUUACCGCGACCUUGUUCGAUCUCCAAUUGGAGGAGUUCCCCGAGUGCUCGGCUGACUAUCUGAAAAUUCAGACCUCCAACGAUUUGAGCCACUGGAAGGAUGCACUGCAUAUGUGCCAGACCAUUUUACGAACAUCUUCGACAAAGCCCACGGUUGAUGGAACUCCAAAUAUAAGGCUGCAGUUCCACACCGAUGCCUCGAUCAGUGGCAAAGGCUUUAAAGUUAAUAUUAAAACCGUCUGCGGCUCGAAUAUGACCGGGACUGUGGGCACCAUUCUGUGGUCAAGUAUAACUUCAGAACCAAGAUGCAAAUGGCAUAUUGAGGUGAGGCCGGGGCGUAAGAUAGAUAUAUCUAUCCAAUAUGAAGAACUCGAUAGUAGAGUCCAGUCCACGGCGAAGGGGUCUUGCCAAGCGUUCGGUGUCAUCUAUGACGGAUUGGAUGAACUGGCUCCAAUGAUGCCCAAUGGAAAAUUCUGCAAUCAGAAAGGAUUCCAGACACCUUCUUACCGAACGAAUGGCUCGCAUGCCUACGUGGUGUACAAUCUACCACAAAAUUCUGCCGAUCGGAAUAAGAGCUCGUGGACUCUUACGUACCGGGAGUUUAGCGAAUGUGAUGGGCAGAUUCAGUUGACCCAGCUGGCUCCCAGCUAUGAGAUUAAGUCGCCGGGCUUUCCUUACCUGCCCCAUCCGCAUGCGGACUGCACCUGGAUGGUGAUAGCACCUCCCGGGGAAACCAUUGCUGCAGAUUUCGGGGAUCCUGUCGGGCUGAGUCGACGCCAUUGUAAUGAGGAAUUUGUGGAAAUGUUUGACGGCUCCACCACUCUGUCCCGCCAGCUCAUCCGUACAUGCCACAAGCCAAAGUCCACGAUUCGCACUACCGGGAACCUGCUCCUCAUUCACUAUCAAUCGGACCUGGAUGAGCCGAGCGGCGGGUUCCGAUUGAACGUGUCUCUCAGCAAAUGUGGUGGCCAAUUCACCGGUCAGUUGGGAUCCCUUAAUUCGGAGAACUAUCCCACACCAGGUGGCUAUCCCAAGCCAUCGGAGUGUGUGUACAGCAUCAGAUUGCCAAAGGAUAACUUCAUCCACUUAAAUAUCACGGAUCUGCAUGUUCCCUACAAUGUCAAUGGUACCUCCUCUAAGAAGACCAGUGAUCGCCUCGAGAUUAUUGAUUUGGAAAACGAUGGAGCUGAGCUAGCUGUCCUAGACGGAAGCACCGUCACUCCCACCACCCUCACACUCAACACCAAUGCGGUGGCUAUUCGCUUCUUGGCCAUCAGUAACGUCAACAAUUUUAGGGGCUUCAAGAUAGACUACCGACGUGCCUAUGGAACUUGCUCGCGGGAUGUGAACGGCGACUCUGGAAACCUUGAGGUCUCCGCCAUGGAGCCGUCCACCUGGGUGAGAAUAUGCCGCUGGUCUAUCAACGUUCCCAAGGGUCAGAGAGUCCGCUUGGAGUUCCUUAACCUCGCCGAUAUUGGAAUGAUUAACCGCAAUGAUAGCAAAAGAGCUGCAAGUGUUCGAUACAUGGAUACUUUACCUCAGUUGGCCUUCUUCAACGACCCGAACUCUCUAUCGAAAAUCACGGACAUCCGUCUGGAUAGAUACAACGGCACAAGAAUAGUUGAAUCCACGGAUAACUUCAUGCUCGUCACUAUAAUCACCAAUCAAAUGGAUUUAGGCAGAACAGUGCUCCGUGCUCGUUAUAGCUCCAGUGAUGCAUCUGUGUGCCCAUCCAAUAUCGGAGACCAGGCAUCUGGCACCCUGUCCAUACAAAAUCUUGCCCAGAUAUCCAGUUACUACUGCAGCAUCCAGUUUGUUGGGCAGCAAGGCACGACUAUAACCUUUAAGGUGGAAGAGUAUCUGUUCGAGACCAAGAGCAUUCCAGCUGUAACAUUCAAGGAUGAGGACCAGCGUUUGGCGUACAAGGUGAUGAAUCAAAAUGUCACCAAUAGCUUCGUAUCACUGCCUGCCACAUCCGGACGCGUUAUACUGCUGAACAGUGACAGGGUGAAGUUGAAGCGCUUCAGGGCCUCCUACCGCCGGCACAAUUGUGGUGGAGUAUUCCCAGCAUCCGACGAUCUUUCCAUCGGAACACCAGAGCUCCUAAACACCGUGGAUGAGGACUACGGGGAGGUGGAGUGCGUGUGGACAUUAAAAUCUAGUAGAGGAUAUUAUUUGGUCGGAAAUGUCAGUCUCACCGACAGCUGCGAUCGAGAGUACCUUGUGAUCUUUAGUGGCUCCGUUGAGGGGGAUCGGUUUUGUCGUGGAAUGCAAAACAAAACGAUCCUUCUGACCAACCCGAUAUCCAGGAUUCUUUACCAUUCAGAGCGAAGAGUGCCGGGCAGGAGUAGUUUCACGUUGGUGGCAAGAAAAUCGAUUUUAUCAGGGAACAUUAUACGCGUAACUCGGGGACCCUCGACUCCAGUGAUUAUAAACAGUAAGGAUUACGUCAAUAAUAUGGAAAAAAUCUGGGAGUUUGAGGCCGACGAUCCACUCACACUUCGGGUCGAGUUCCAGGGUCGCUUCUUUAUCGAAACCUCACCCAACUGCUCCAACGAUCGACUGAGCAUCGAGAGCUACAACAAGACCACAUCGGAGUAUGAGGAAAUAGUCAGUCUCUGCGGUCGCCAAGCACCUGGGGUCCUACCCGUUCAAUCCUCUCGACUACGAGUGAUAUUCCGCACAAAUAGCAACAUAACCGGAGAUGGUUUUACUUUUACCGUCGCCCCCAGUUGCGAUGUUGUCCUCCGGGCCGGGUUCGAUCUACAGACACUCAGAAACCCGAGAUGGGCAUCUUUUGCCAAAUAUGAUAGCUGCAGCUAUGAGUUCUUCACAGAAACGGAACACCAAUUGGUGGUUAAUGUCAACGGAAGAGGUCGUCCUUGGAACUCCGAAUUCUGCAAGAUGAACUACUUUGAGGUGUUCCGUCGAGACGAUCAGGAGGUGGAGAACAGCGUCGGCCGGAUGUGCCCGGACUUCGAGGUGAGUGGAUACCGCAGGCUGCGGUUGAAGGUCCAUAUCUCCGCCCCGCGAUUCUUUGACAUUAGCUUCCAUCUUAUCGGAUGUGGUGGCAACUACAGUGAACCCUUCGCCUUGCGUCCGCCCCAGGACGAGGAGGCUGGAGGGUACGCCCACAAUACAAAGUGCCAGUGGCGCGUUACUGCCCCACCUCAGCAUGCCAUUGUGCUGAAGUUCAAGUACUUCGACCUGGAGAAGGCCAACCAUUGCCAGUUCGAUAGUCUUUCCGUUUAUCGCGGCGGCGUGGUCAGCUCAAAUCCGGAGGUGAAACUGUGUGGCAAUCAGACAGUCCCACCCACCAUCAUGGUUGACAGCAACGAGGCACUGAUCGUGUCAGAAACUGAUGCCUCAAACAACUUCCGGGGUUUCCUGGCCAGCGUGCAUUUCACUCCGAACUGCAACGAACCUGUGACCCUGGACGCGGAUGUGCCCCGCAUGAAUCUGAUGCGGACAUACCACUUAAACGCCUCCGACUGGAUGCUAUGCUACUUCACUGCCACAGUUCCGCCGGGCUACCGUCUCUCUGUUGAGAUCCGGAAGCUGCAACUUAAUGAUGCCACCUGCAACACAUGCAACCAUAUCGAAAUCAUAGACAAAAAUGCAAUAAAUAACCAGAGCCUCGGCAAGUACUACGGAUUGGGAUCUAACCGGACCAAGUUGUUCAGCUCCUAUGGUGACUUGAGCAUCCACUUGAGCGCCUCAGCUCAGAGGGCCAGGAACAUUAGCUUCGAGCUCAUCAUCCAGAUGGAAAAGAGCGUGUGCGGCCAAUCAGAAUACGAAAUACAAUCAAAUGAGAGUAUUACGGUGGGUCUUCAAUACGACAACACCACAGAAGGAUACGAGGGAAGCAUUGAAUGCCGUUGGUCCAUUAGAGCGAAAGAUGAUGUGGAGUUCGAUUUAAAAUGGCUACAGCUCAAGGACUUUUCUCAGAAAACCGGAAAAUGCGAAGACUACCUGAAAAUUUCCAAAUCUUACAGAUCACAAUACUUGUGUGGAGAAUUCAACAAAACCUACAAGUUUAUUGAGGAUCUCAGCCAGUUCCCUCUGGAGUUAAAUUUCCACAGUGAAGGGUUGGAGGAAUCAAUGGGUUUUGAAGUGGUUGCGCGUCGAAAACCUGCUUGUAAUCGAAACUAUACAUCAAUUAGUCAGGAAAUUGCGGGCUUGAAUCUAAUUAACUGCACGGAGUAUAUUCUAGUUCCGGAAGGUUACAGCAUUACGCUCUAUAUCGCGAGUGUGGCAUUUAAUGAAGUCUCAUCACAAUUUUUGAAUGUCACAGAUGUAAAAACCAAUCAGACACUCUAUUCGAGGACGGUAACUGCAUGGGACCCAAAGCCUAUAUUUACAAAAACCAAUGAGCUUCGUAUCGACAGCCACGAAGUUAGUUUACUGAAUAUGUUCUAUUACUCUACCAAAAAUAAUUUACCUAGCGGUUGUGGCGGUGAAAUAAUUGUGAGCGGAAAAGACGCAGUUUAUAUAAAAAAUCCCCCUUACGAAGGACGAAAUCAUUCCACAUGUUCCUGGCAUUUGAUGGCCCCACCCGGUGCUCUCCUUCGUAUAAGCUUCAGCGACUUCAACAUGGGCGCGGAAGCGAAUUGCCAAUUGGACAAUGUAAAGUUUUAUGAAUCCGACAGCACCAAGGUAUCUCUGCUGAAAUCUUUCUGUGGAUCAACCUUACCGAGUGACUUUACCCUCACCAAUACCGGGGUGAUUAUUGUCGCCAAAAAAUCACCAAAUUUCGAUGGAAUGGGAUUCUUUAUCAAUAUAAGCCCAGUUUUUUCUUAA